CAGACAAACAGACAGACGGAGGGAGGAGAUAAUGAGACUGGAGGAGUCACAGUGUUCACUCUGCAGCUCUCAGUUAGUCUGUCUCUCCCUCUGGGUUCCUCUCUGUCUUUCUUUUUGUCUUUCUGUCUGUCUCUCAGCCCGUCUCUCUCUCGCUCUCUCGCUCUCUCGCUCUCUCUCUCUCUCUCACACAGGAUGGACCACUUUCGUUAUGGAUUAUUGAUUAUUGUCUUUCUGCUGCCGAUUGACUGUUUACACUCAGUUUACAUCACUGACAACAUAGAUUCUCUCCAUCAGGUGCUGUCAGAGUUCGCUGUUGUUCGUCCAAUCAGGACCAACUCAGAGGGACGUUUCCUGUCAGCUCUCGUCUCCGCCCACCACCUGCCCCGCAGGAAAAGACACGCCCCCUUCACACAGGACACGCCCACUGACACAAACAAUGACAGACAGACUCGAACAAACAGGCCUCCAUUACAACAUGCCCCGCCCACAGAUGCAUCACCGUCCAACCGGACGUGGCGUACCUGGAGGGGGCGGGGCCACAGGCAGGAGGAGGCGGAGCUGUUCUACAACGUGACGGUGUUCGGUCAGGAGCUGCACCUUCGUCUGCGUCACAACGGUCGCCUCGUCUCCCCCAACGCCACCACGGAGUGGUGGGAGGAGUCAGGACACAAACACUCUCAGCCAAUAGGAGACGCCGGCUGCUUCUACACAGGAGAGGUGUCCAACAUGGAGGACACGUCCAUCGCCAUCAGCAACUGUUACGGGCUGGCCGGUGUGAUCCGGACGAGUCAGGAGGAGUUCUUCAUCGAGCCGCUGGAUCAUUGGAGGAGGAGAGAGGAGGAAGGAGGAAGACGGCACAUCAUCUAUCGCUCCUCGGCGAUCAUCAAAAAAGAACCGGCUGUCAAUCAAACUGAAGCCGUCCAUCAAACAGCUGGUGACUUCGUCCGAGGUCCUCUUUUAGGUUCUCUGGACUGGAACCAGAAUGUGAUGUGGUCCGGAUCCAGAUCAGCUCGACGAAGACGCUACAUUGAAGAGGCUGAACUGUUUAACAUAGAGGUUUUGUUGGCUGUGGAUUAUUCUGUUCUUCUUUUCCACGGCCGAGAUCACAUUCAGAAAUAUCUUCUGACACUCAUGAACAUAGUUAAUGAGAUCUAUCAGGAUCAUUCUCUGGGCACCAACAUCAACGUUGUUCUGGUCAGAAUCAUCAUGUUGUCUCCAUCAAAGUCCCAGGAGCUGAUCUCUGUGGGGAACCCUCAGAAGAGCCUGGAGAACGUCUGUGGAUGGUCGUAUCUCCAGCACCGGGAGCAGAAUCACGCCGAGCAGCACGACCACACCAUCUACCUGACCAGGCAGGAGUUUGGCCCUUCUGGCAUGCAGGGUUAUGCUCCAGUUACAGGAAUGUGUCACCUGCAUCGGAGUUGCGUCCUCGUCUUUGAAGACGGGUUUUCCUCGGCCUUUGUAGCUGCUCAUGAAAUGGGACACGUGUUAGGGAUGGAGCAUGACGGAGAGGCCAAUGACUGUGCUGACGACGUGCCGUUGGGCAGCAUCAUGUCCCCGAGGGUUCAGGCCACCUUCCAUCAGUACCACUGGUCCCGCUGCAGCUGGAGGGAGCUGCACAAGUACCUGCAUACCUACGACUGUCUCCGUGACGACCCGUUCAACCACGAUUGGCCGGCUCAGCCUCAGUUACCAGGGUUUCAGUACUCACUGGACCAACAGUGUCGCUUUGACUUCGGACCAGGAUACAGCCUCUGUACUGGAUACUCCAACCUUGAACCCUGUAAACAGCUGUGGUGCAGCGACUACAACAACCCGUUCUACUGUAAGACCAAGAAAGGUCCUCCGCUGGACGGGACCAAGUGUGGACCGGGGAAGCACUGUUUUAAGGGUUUCUGCAUGAAGUUGACCCCCAACCUGCUGAGACAAGAUGGCGGCUGGGGAACAUGGAGUCCGUUCGGCGGCUGCUCCAGGACCUGCGGGGGCGGGGUCAGGUUUCGGGCCCGACGCUGUGACACUCCAGCUCCAACCAAUGGGGGGCGCACCUGCUUCGGAAACAGUUUCGAGUUCCAGAAGUGCAGCCAAGAAGAGUGUCCACCUCUGACUGACUUCAGAGAGGAUCAGUGUAAAGUCUGGAAUCCAUUUAUGGAACAUGAAGGAAUGAAACAUCACUGGCUGCCGUACCAACACCCUGACCGUAAAUACACACUCAUAAUAUUUUGCACUUCCCUCCUUCCUCCCUCCUAAGUCCUCCUCUCUGUCCUUGUUUCCUCUCUCCUCGUGCAGCAUGUAGGAUGUGACGGACAGAUCGCUUCAGACCAGCAGGAGGACCGAUGUGGAGUCUGUGGAGGAGAUAACUCCAGCUGUAAGAUCAUCAAAGGGAACUUCACCCGCAGCACCACGAAACAAGGUUACCUGAAGAUCCUGGAGAUCCCCAAAGGAGCUCGACAUCUGCUGAUCCACGAGUUUAAAGGAACUUCUCACAUCCUGGCGCUGAUGAACCAGGAGACGGGCCACCUCUUCCUCAACAACGAAUACGAGCUCCCAGAAUCCCGAGCAAUGAUCGAGAAGGGUGUGGCGUGGGAGUACAGCGGCACCGAGGAGCAGGAGUCCAUCCAGACCACGGGGCCACUGAAAUACGGAGUCCUGCUCAUGGUGCGGUCUCAUGGAGACUCUAAGGUGACGGUGUCCUACAAGUACGUCAUCCAGGACCGCCUCCGGUCCAACCUGGAGUCCAACUUGGUGCAGGAGGAUGCCAUCUUCUACGAGUGGGCGCUGAAGAAGUGGUCGCACUGCUCUAAGCCCUGCGGAGGAGGGAAACAGUACACAAGGUUCGGCUGCCGGAGAAAAGCUGACGGGAAGAUGGUUCAGAGGACGUUCUGCUCCAACAUCAACAAACCGAGAGCCAUCAGCCGCACCUGCAACGGCGACACCUGCAGCUCCCCCAGCUGGGUGACCGGGGAGUGGGAAGACUGCAGUGCCACCUGUGGUCAGACAGGGUGGCGGCGGCGCUGGGUGUCCUGCCAGCAGAUGUCCAGCAGGGGGCAGCGCUCAGUGCCCAGCAAACUCUGUGGUGAGGACCGGCCGGAAGUGAAACAAACCUGCAAUCGUUUACCGUGUCCAGCUUCCUGGAGAGUUGGGCCCUGGACCCCGUGUUCAGUAUCCUGCGGAAAUGGGACUCAGGAGCGUCAGGUUGCAUGUUUGAGUCCUGAGGGUUUAGCCCGUAACUGUAGUGAUUUUCCACCAAUCAAGACCCGCACCUGCCAUCCUGCCCCCUGUAGCGGUGACCAGAAGAAUGUCAUCAUUCAGUGGCUGUCCAGGUCCAACCCAGGCUUCCCAGCUCCAAAGAUCUCCUCCAGGCAGCGGUGCCGUGGUGACCGCUCGGUGUUUUGCCGGAUGGAGGUGUUGAGUCGGUACUGCUCUAUCGCCGGUUACCGUCAGAUUUGCUGCAAGUCCUGCAACGAGGGAAACCUCAGCAACUCCAGCAACUCCACCAAUUCCAGCAACUUCAGCAGCAUUUUCCCGCCGACGGCCGACAGUUCCUGGAGUGUAACCAUGGAGACGAUGACAUCAGCGUCCGACAACGGCAACGUCACCAGUGACAUCAUCAUCAGCAGCAGCAGGCUGCCUCCCACCGUCGCUGUGACUCCGCCCCCGACCAGCAGGAGCAGCACCGACUUUGUGUACGUGGAGUACGACGAUUAUAACGAGUACCCGUCCUACGAGCAUACUCUUAUCAUUCCAACUACUACUACUGCUACUACUACAAGGCGACCAAGAAAAACUGCUUCCCCACAUUUAUUCAAGAAGAAAUCUCCCACAAUGCCCCCAGUAACCGCUGACCCUGAUGACAUCAUCACCGCCACGUCAUCAUCAGGGGGGAGGAGCCUCCAAACAGAAGCGACCUCGUCCUCCUUCCCGAACAACUCGGUGGACGAGGUCCCAUACCGGGUCGUGGGAUUGGACGGUGACGUAACCAGAGGACAGAACCAGUUUGUGCGGAUGCCUCCGAUCGGCGAACGAACGCAGAACAAACGAAUCCAACAGCUUCUGAACGAGAAACGACGGAAGGAUCUCGUGAGGAGCAGAGAAGGUCGGACUGACAGGAAACAGGGAUUAUAAAAACACAUAAAACAUUUCAUUUAUUUUUGUUGUUCACUCGUGAUGAUGCAUGUGCAGCUUGCUCACUUUCCGCUAACGCUAACGAACUCUUAACGAGAAACCGACCGCAGAGCCGACGAGACAAACAACCGACUUCACCUUCAUUGUUUCCUCAAAUGUAGAAUAAAGAUCAAAGGUUUACCGUAUACAACCAGAAUGUUCACGAUGUAACAAAUAAUCCUGUUUAUGAAUAAAGCAAAGUCUCAUCCA